AUGAAAAUAGUGUUAAAAUGGUCGUCCAUAUUGUUGAUAGUAUUAGUGCUUGUUGUGAAGGUGUUGAUGGUGUUAUGGUGGAAACCAAAGAGGAUUGAAAAGCAUUUUGGUAAACAAGGCAUAAAGGGACCUCCAUAUUGCUUCUUUAUUGGCAAUGCCAAAGAGAUUGUGAGCUUGAUGGUGAAAGCUUCUUCACAACCCAUGUCCAUGCCUUUUCAUCACAACAUCCUCCCUCGAGUCCUCUCGUUCUACCAUCAUUGGAACAAAAUCUACGGUCCUACAUUUCUUAUAUGGUUUGGACCGAUGGCUCGUCUCACUGUUGCUGAUCCUGAUCUUAUUCGAGAAGUGUUUUGUUCCAAAUCAGAAUUAUAUGAGAAAAACGAAGCUCACCCUUUGAUUAAACAACUAGAAGGUGAUGGUCUCCUUAGCCUCAAAGGUGAAAAAUGGGCUCUCCACAGAAAGAUCAUCACUCCCACGUUUCACAUGGAUAAUCUCAAAUUAUUGGUACCUGUGGCAGCAAGUAGCGUGGUGAAAAUGUUGGACAAGUUGUCAAAUAUGUCGGAUUCUGGGAAGGUGGAAAUUGAAGUCUCUCGAUGGUACCAAAACCUAACAGAAGAGAUAGUGACGAGGAUCGCGUUUGGCAAUAGUUAUGAAGAUGGAAAACAUAUUUUUCAAUUACAAGCUCGACAAAUGGUCUUAACUUCUGAAGCGUUUCAAAAAAUCCCCAUUCCAUGUUACAGGUUUUUACCAACGAGAAGGAAUAGAGAAUCUUGGAAAUUACAAAAGGAAAUCAAGAAAUGUUUGAUUGGGGUAAUUGAGAGGAGGAGGGAAAAGUGGGAUGGCGAAGAAAUGGGAAAUGGGCCCAAGGAUUUGCUUGGUCUUAUGAUAGAAGCGAGUAGGAAAGAAUCGUUGAAUUCCUCGCCGCCGGCGAUCACGACACAUGACAUAGCGGAGGAGUGCAAAAGUUUUUUCUUCGCUGGAGAACAGACAACAUCCAACCUGUUGACAUGGUCCACCGUAUUGCUAGCGAUGCACCCACAAUGGCAGGUGAUAGCACGUGACGAGGUGCUUGAUGUGUGCGGACCACGCAACAUCCCCACCAAAGAUUGUGUUUCCAAGCUUAAAACGUUGACCAUGAUACUCAACGAGUCCUUAAGACUGUAUCCUCCAAUCGUGGCAUCAAUCAGACGAGCAAAAACUGAUGUGGAGUUAGGUGGGUACAAGAUCCCACGAGGAACCGAGCUUCUUGUACCUAUCUUGGCUGUUCAUCAUGAUCAGACCAUCUGGGGCAAUGACGCUAAUGAGUUCAACCCUGGUCGGUUCGUAGAUGGAGUGGUUGGUGCAUCUAAGCAUCCUAUAGGCUUCAUCCCUUUUGGGCUCGGUGUUCGCACAUGCAUCGGGCAAAAUCUUGCAAUUUUACAAGCGAAACUAACACUUGCAAUGAUAUUGCAAAGAUUCUCUUUCGAGUUGUCCCCAAAGUAUCAACAUGCACCCACAGUUCUAAUGCUACUUUAUCCACAACACGGUGCACCAGUUAUCUUCAAACACAUACCGUUAGAUCCUAGCAACAAAGGAGAUCAAGGGUUGUAAAAUGACCCACAAAACCGAAUUAAAAGAUAACCAUAGCAAAUCUUAAACAACAAAAGGUUAUAGGAUGAAAUAGUAAAUUAUUUUUAUUUUCAUUCCUACCCCAUUAGUUUACUUAAAUAGCUAUAAUGACCCUUCAAGUACAAAAUGUCGUGUAUUUGCCAGAAGUGUGUAAUUUCGGGAAUGUAAGUAGUUAGUUAGAAAUUUUUAUCUGCCUCCCAUGUGUAUUUUAUGUAA